GGUGAAUUCAAAAUCGAGCUUUUCAGUUAGUUCUGCAUAAGAAGCGACUCAUCAGGAUUCUGUCGUUGUUAUCAGAAAUCUCUGAUCUCUAAAGAGAAAGACAAUGAAAGAGGAUUCUGAAUGGUAUAUCCACCGGGCAAGUGCAGCAAAUUGUUCCUGCCAAUUUUCCAGACUAAUUUUUCCAUGCGUACGAAAGUCGGCCCGCAAACAAUAGUUUCAGGUGGAUAGGAAAAUUCGUCAAUUGAUCAAGCGGAUUCUGUGAAGGAUAAAAACCCUCUGCUUCGCCCUUCGCGUCGUCUGUUUGGUGUUCGAUGUGCGUGUGUCCUCUAUUAUCCUACCGACUGAAUUUUAAUCACUAGCUUCCUCUGCCCAAUAAUCCAGUGCCUAAUUGUUAACGUAGUGACUAGUGGAAUAAAAUUAAUUAAAUGUCGUUAAUUAACUCUAACCAUGAGAACAGAUUGUGUCCUUAGUUGUGCUCCUGUGAGAGUGUACGACCUGCUUUAGGAGGAAACUCUCAUUAUACCUCGGAACAAAGCUGAAAGCCGCUAUUCAAAGAACCUAUUAUCUCAAGAGCAUCGCCAGAUCCAUUGCUCUGAUAUUGUUUACUACAAAGGAAUCAAUCGCAGGACUCAAUAAGCCAACGCUGAUAGCAGCAGCAAGGUCGAGAGGACUUCAGAGAAUCGCUUCAAGGAUGACAAAGCUGUUACGUUCAAGGAUCUUUCUUUUGGGCAACCUGUCAUACUCAGAUGAUGCCAUUAUCCUGCAUUAAAGUCACCUUUGUGGAGUGUUUGCAGCAGGAAAAGGGGGUGCGUAAGCAAUUGGAGGAUAGCAGUGGGCACAGGCAGCAGGAGCUAGAAGAGCUCUUCAAGUACAUCAACGUUGAAUGUGUGUGACAGUCCCUGCAGGCUUCUGGUGGUGGCAACGCACUAGCUACCACGUAAUAACGUAACACUGGCAACAACAACGUCGUUGAGAAGGACGACGUUCAACAGGUAAAUCAACAACAAGCACGAAAAUGGGAAGUUUACCAAAUCUCCAUGAACUGGAACGUGUACGGCGCACGCCUGAGCCUGAACAUCCUGAUGCCAUUCAUAGGGAACACCAUCAGCAGUCACGAGCACGUGAAUAUCGUGAAACGAGCUGCGAGCGAGAUACCCUUCCCGUGUUCCUUCAUCCCCAGCUUUUAACGCAAACGUUGUCAUCGGCGGUUGCAGGAGCGGCUAUAGCGGGGCCAUCAACAGCCAUCGGAGGCAGCGGAGGGACUCCAGGACAAGUGCCGAAACACCAUCAUCGUCAUUCGCUGACGACUAGACGUGUUCUUAGGACAAGAAGUUCAGGUGCUACUUACAAUGUUUGGGAUGAUCCGAUGAUUGAACACAUGGCAGCCUACUCCCCAAUAUCAACGCGAUCGCAUCGUAUCAAUGUUCUUCCAUCAUAUCAGGGUGUGCAUCCACUAUCAGCGAGUAGACGCCGGGACUCCAUAAACAGUUCAAUAGGUGCCAAUUCGAUAAGACGUCUCCUAACCAUCAACAACAGAACUUGUCGUCACAAAGUACCGUCCCACGUACGCAGUAAAGUUUGCAAGAAUUUCACUUUGCUUGCAAUCGCACACGGUCUAAUAUCCGCCAUACUUAUUCCAAUUGUGGGCCUGCAGGCAUCCAAUUCAAUCUGGCAUCACAAGGAGCAAUGGAUUCACGUCGGACCAAAUAUAGGAUCCAUGCUGUUGAGCAUAUCAUUUCUAAUAUCGUCAGGAAUGUGUUUCCUAACUACACGCCUUAUUCGAAAGCUGGGUCAUACGUUCCUAAUUGCAUCUAGCUACACAGGCAUGUGUUUCUUCCUUGUGUGUCACUUGGUUCCAUCCAUAUAUACGUUGAUUCCAGCCUAUGUGGUUCUUGGUAUAACACUAGGACCAGCUUGGGUUGGAAAAUUCGCGCUGAUAGUGUUCUAUGCAAACAAACUGAGUUGUACCCAACAUGAAUGCAAUCUCAGCAACGCAGCGGAUACAUUGGAUGAGCACAAGGUCUUCUGCAACAGGGAUCAGAAGGUUAGGCGCUUGGGACGCCUUUUCCAUGCAGCCCAGGAUCUCGGUAUAAUAUUCGGCGCUUCAAUGGCAGCAAUUAUUCUUUCCUGCGCCUCAAUGCAAUCAGUUUGUUUCCCAAUAAAAAGUGAAGUCAUCCCAACUACCGAAGUCUACAGUCAAAGCAACUUUACCAACCAAACAGCAGUGAAUCUUCCCAGUCCAACUAAUUUUAACAAAACCCUAGCUGGGUUGACACAUAGCUGGUUAUCGUUAUCCACUCAACAUCCAACCGACGAAAUUAUUUUAGAUGAACUAUAUAACCACAAUGAGCACGGAGAAAGGAUAUGUGGAGCAGAUUUAUGUCCAGUCUGGAGUAGCACAAUUGAACACAAUGCCAGCUUCUAUGAGGACUUUCUUGAUACGUCAAGCAGUUAUGGUGAAGUAGCCUUAAUCCUUUUAUAUUUAUCAUUCGCUACAAUCUCGGUGAGCUUAACCUGCUUAUCGGGACGAGGGGAGAAAUCAUUUCGUAUAGAAAAGGUAAAAGGAAUGACGGACACUUUGCUUUUUGCUGGACCGAUGGCGUAUUUUAUUGGAACGGAGCAAGGUUAUAUGCUGGGUGACUUUACAAGGGCUUAUGUAUCAUGUUCGUUGGGUGUCCCAAUGGUUGCUGGAGCACUGGUCGGGAUGGGAAUCAUGCAGGCUAUUGUGUCGUGCACGCUGAGCAUGCUAUUGAGACAUACGAAGCGUCUGGUCGUUCUAGCUGCUGGUUUCUUCUUCCACUCCUGCCUCCUUCUGGUCGUCUCGCGAUGGAAACCGUCCAGCGAUGACAGUGCCCUUUUCUACGUAAUCGCUGCUGGGUGGGGCGCAUGUAACGCCAUGUGGGAGACCCUCCUUUUUGCUUUGGUCACGCUGACUCACACAAAUCAUGUUGCCGAAAUCAUCUCACCGUUACAAGGUUUGAAAUUUCUAGGACUCGGUAUCACGUUCGCUGCACAUGGAUUCCUUUGUGAAAAUCCAAAGAUUUUAAUAUUAGUCAUAGUUCUAGUGCUUAGUGUGCCUCCGUAUGCAAUGCUGGAAAUACGCUUGGAAUCACAACGCAAAGCGCAAAUGGUAUCAUUAUGACGAACAAUAUUUAGCUAGUUACAGGAUUUUUCAGGUAUAUAGAGAAAAUAUAUACAGAAUAUUGUGCAUUUUUAAUUUUAUAUCUAGGAAUAUGAUUCCAAUUAUAUGCGAAAUGUAAUAGUGGAUAAUUGUUAAGUGAAAUAUUUCAAAAUAGAAAAAAAAAUAGUAAAAUAAAUUUUAAGAACAUCAAUCUUUUCGAUAUCAGGUCAAUUUUACUUGACAUUAAAAUAUAAUGUAGGAAACAGAAUAUAGAAAAUAUAUAACCUAAAA